AUCUGUUUAGAAUGGUAUAAUGACUAUUAACUGCUGAUAACAUUUGUGUUACAAAGUUCCUUCAAACAUCAUGGACAGUUAUCCGAGAAAUCUUGUAGAUCAGUAUUUGAAGACGUGCAAUAAGUUAAAGAAAGUGGAGAAAGCUUUAAUCAAGCGUUUCGGACCCAACGUUUCGGAAGUGCUAGAUGAUUUCGCACGUUUAGCAGUAAAAUUUGAGGAAGCAGCUAUUUAUCAGUAUGCUGCAAUGUGCCAGUUGGGUGUGGGUAAAUGUGAAGCUCACAUUAACAACGCUACGGGCGAGUGCCAGGCUUUGUUGAGGGCAGCUCGAUUAUUUCUAAGAAUUCAUCAAGAUAAGGAAGAUUUGCUAUUUAAAUGUAAUUUCUACGAAUAUCGUGAGGCUGCCUUGCAUUGCUAUUCACAGGCAGUGGAAAAAUGUCCGGAUGAUAGUGUUAUGAAGGCGGCUAUAAUACGUGAAAUGAUUCCUCUACAGCCACAUUACGAGGGCACUAGUUCUUUCAGUUCGCCUGUGCAUCGGAUCUAUGAACUGGAGCUGUCUGCUCAAAAUUGUUUGCAUCAGGAAGACUUUCUAAAAGCACUUCAACAAUUGGAUGACAUUGUCGAUAAUAUUUAUGAGCGUAAGAAACAAAGUUUGUAUAAAGAUCUGCUAGGGAGAAUAGAAAUACUCAGAGUCUUAUUACUGGUAAAUCUGACCUUGCCGCCAUCGAGACAAACGCCAGCUCAUAUUAAACUAAUUGAAUACUAUAUACAGAUGGCCGAGUUUCAUAGCAGUGAAGAGUUGGCUUCUGGGGGAAAUAACGGUGCUUGGCAGCCCGGGCAGUUUUUACCUAUGAUCCAGAAACACUCUCUGGCCCAAAUAGUCUUAGCCUGGCACCUAGAAAACAGACAAGACUUGAGAAUGUAUUUACGAGACUUUCGUCACGAAUAUGUUUCAUUAAACGAAUCUCAAAAAUUUUUAAUAAAUUUUAUUAUCGCUAAAGUGAAAAAGUGGAAAUUAAUCAUUGAAAAUAAGGAGGAAAGAUGCAAAGUGGUGUUUCAUUUUAAAGUUCAAUGAUGCGAAAGAAUGAAUUGAUGCAUCAGCAUUUUAUGUAUAUAUAUUUUGGAGAGGACGUAAAUUCAUUUCAUUUAUUCUCACAUUGUUAACGUUGUUAAGAAAAUACUUUACAACUUUAACGACUUAAUCCAGCCGCUGGUGUGAAUUUUACGUAUUCGGGCCGCAUGAGUCGACGAAUUUUUUCAUUUAUAAAAAUACUAUCGUGACACACGUACAU